CCUCCCUCCUCCUUCCGACACUUCGUUCCUUCGUUUACAAAAGGUACUCACGUGACUUAGAUGCCUUAUAUGGAUUAAGCGUCUCGAUAGCGUCCUUUCCGCGCGAAGGACGCAAAUAGCGUUGUGAACUGGAAGGGAUCAUCGGCACGUUGGAGAUGUUCGAUAAAGAAGGUCUGGUGACAGCCGUGGUUAUUUUAAUAACUAUCGUAGCUGUGAUCCUGGUGAUCUUGUUUGGUAAGUGGUUUUUGGCCGUCUAUGGGCGCCUUUUCGUAUGAUCAUGCAGUUGACAGUUGGGAUGCGCGGAUCACAGUUCGAGCCUUUUCGUUGAGUGUGGGGGUUAAGUUCCGUUAUGCCCUGUUUAGCUCAAAGGAUUAAUAACUCAAUCCCCGGUAUACAUAAUUUACUACCUUGCUUCACUGAUCUUGAGUUAUGAUCACCGAGGUUGCCACUGGUUAACCAUCAACCGAAGUACAUCACUUUAUAGGGUUGUUUCCAUCGAGAAAAUUAAAUUUCAAUCUUUGCUGCACCCCCCGGCCCCCUUGCCGAAAUUCCAAGCGUAAUUAUCCAGAAGAGCAUGCUCAAGAAUAAUGACUCGUUUCUGAGCUAGAUUUGAUAAAUUUUUGCCUUGCGUGCAUGUCUUUCUCCUUUGGAAGAAUUUUUUUCGUGUCGCACCACAGGGUUCCCAGUAGGUUUUUCAAGAUUAUGUAUCGGUCAAAUCGAAGCUUCAACAUGCCCCCCCCCCCCGCAUACCGCGGGCAUUUGACACCUUUGCCGUCCCGGGGAGGAGGGAAUUUGAUUAUCAGAGUCUUCCAGGGGGUGGGGAAUUUGAUCCCCAUGCUUUAGGGGUGGGGAAUUUGAACUGCACCCUUGAUUUCAUGUAAAAUCUUUGGCGUGGCGACCUAUCAUGGGGGACGCGGUGUUAGAGGAUUUUCGUGGAAAAGAUUGUGCCUUUGUGGCCAAUUGUUUACGAGGAAAGGGCUUAAACAAGCUUUGUGCCGUAUUUGAAGUAUUUAAAUUUUAAAAUUUUUAAUAUUGGAUUCAGGCUCUGAAUGUAUGAAUGUAUUUUAUUGUUGAGUUCACAAUGAAAUACAACACCUAUACCGGGGAUUCAAUACAACAACAUAAAAUAAAAUAAAAUAAAAAGCUCAGGUCAACUACUUUGACCUACUGUAAGUAUAUUAAUUAAUAAGAUGAGCGAUCACGCAUGUCAAUGAAAUGGUCAUGAUGUAGUAAUCUCAAUAGGUGGGAUCUUUUUUGAUACAACGCUUUGUAAGUUGCAUGAAGAAGAAAAGCUGAGCAUUCAGUGACCUUGUAGCAGCGAUUUCCGCCGCUUUGCACGAGACUUCUGUUCGUNGAUUUCAUGUAAAAUCUUUGGCGUGGCGACCUAUCAUGGGGGACGCGGUGUUAGAGGAUUUUCGUGGAAAAGAUUGUGCCUUUGUGGCCAAUUGUUUACGAGGAAAGGGCUUAAACAAGCUUUGUGCCGUAUUUGAAGUAUUUAAAUUUUAAAAUUUUUAAUAUUGGAUUCAGGCUCUGAAUGUAUGAAUGUAUUUUAUUGUUGAGUUCACAAUGAAAUACAACACCUAUACCGGGGAUUCAAUACAACAACAUAAAAUAAAAUAAAAUAAAAAGCUCAGGUCAACUACUUUGACCUACUGUAAGUAUGUUAAUUAAUAAGAUGAGCGAUCACGCAUGUCAAUGAAAUGGUCAUGAUGUAGUAAUCUCAAUAGGUGGGAUCUUUUUUUAUACAACGCUUUGUAAGUUGCAUGAAGAAGAAAAGCUGAGCAUUCAGUGACCUUGUAGCAGCGAUUUCCGCCGCUUUGCACGAGACUUCUGUUCGUAGUUAAUACGCUAACUGUGUUUCUCAGUUUUUGUUAUAUUUAUAAAGAUUUGUUUGGCAACUGAAGGCGUUUCCAUCGUCCUUCUGUCAUUUUUGUGCCUGUGAAAUGUCCCCGGGGUGGGGGCAUUUGAUCACCUGAAUGGACCCUAGUGUGGGGCAUUUGAAUGGCAUUUUGGCCCGGGUAGGGGGGAAUUUGAACAAAAAUUUUCAAAAAAGUCAAAUGCCCGGGGGGUUUCCCGGGGGGGACAUGUUGAAGCUUCGAUUUGACCGAUACAUUAGGGAUUAGGGAAUUGGCCUCACUAGAGAAUUUGUGCGAAAAUAAUAGCCGAGCGAGAUCUGGGGCCAGUUUUUCGAAGCCCGAUUAGCGCUUAACCCGGGGUUAAAUUUAACCCGGGUUUCUUUUUCUUGCGUUCAAAAGCAUUUUCUCGGAUAAUUUUCUCUGUUAUUUUUAGAGCCUCUAGUCAUCAACUAGUAGACAAAAAGAAUUAAAACUGAAAUGCUUUUUAAGCUUUCAAAUCUGAAUUCAAAUCUCGCACUAACCCUGGAUUAUCCUAACCCAGCUUUGAACAACUCGGCCCUGGAAUUUUAAUUGAAUAAGGAUAUGGGGUUUUAUGAUAUGAGAUUUGGGAAAUGUUGUUGUUUAGUCUGCGGAGUGUGACAAGUGCAUACCCGCCAAGGGUCACGCCUGAGGAGUGAUUGUCACGCCUGCGGAUCGAAAACUUGGAUCUCACUCCUACUCGCGCCUGUGUUACGAUUUAUCAUGCCUGGUGGAAAAGUUUGAGCCAUUACAGCAUUUACUGACACAUUGUAGUUAUUUAAAGAAACCAGAACCAAAGAGAGAAAAGAAAAGUCUAUGUGGAUGAUCUUCUCUUUUUUUAGUAGGGAAGUCAAUGUUCCUUUGUGUUCCCAUGUUCAUGUUAGACUGAACUCUUCGUACAGUCUUCGGAAGUCUUUGGAACGUCUUCGGAUCUUGUCGGACCCUAUGAAAAAUCUUGGCACUCUUAAGAUAAAAAAUGUCCACGCCUAUUAAUGUAAAAAAGUUGGCAGGUAUACGAGUGCGCCCCAUUUUUUUAUUGUACAUGCUCAUUGUGCAGUUCAAAAUGAGCACUGCACAGAGCUUAACAUCUUUUUGCAAUAGAAUGACACUGAGAAGUUGUAUUAUUUAAAAUCCAGUAGUUCAGUUUGCUCAUGGUGCACAUGGCAAAUAGCUCUAGAAUAGGCCAAUAAAAGCCAGUGAUAAGGAUUAUGGGAUAUUUGCGGAAAAAUAUUUUGGACAAUCCAUGGGGAUUGUAAGCUCAGAAUAAAACUUCUGCCAAGCUGUAUAAAACCUAAUCAUCAGAGAUCCAGUUGAAUCUCUACUAACAACCACCUCUCCACUAUAACAGAGACUUUUUUUUGUCCCAGGGGACACUACACUACUUGACUCUCGUUUCUCGGGGGAGGGGAGAAAAACUAUGCCUGCCCGAUAUCAUUGUUCUUUUGGAAAACUUCGUACGCUGGUAAACGGAGCCCCUGAUUGGUGCAGCUUGGGGGAAGUAGAUUGAUGCCUGUCAAUCAAAUGUAAGUCUAUAUUGUUUAUUCCAUUUUUGUUUACAUGCAACUGCGGGAAAGAAUUAUUCUGAAUUCAGGAAUGGCGGAUGCUAGAGCGAUUUUUAACACUGCUGUCGAAACAAGUCUUUUGGAAUUGGAGCGGCUGGGAAUGUCGCGUGUGUUAGGCAAUGAAAAAGUCAAAACGAUUUCUACACUGGCAUCAGGACAAGAUUUGCUUGUAGUGCUACUUUAAUUACCUCAUGCCAAAAUGCUGCUUGUUCCAAUACGUUUUUUUUCUCUGGCAGGUAGAUUAUGCUCUGGAGGGUUCGCAGGUGUCAUAUGAUACCCCCCCCCCCCCCCAUAAUGGCCACCUCUCCCCAACAGCCACUUUCUUCUAUCCCCAAGGUGGCCAUUGUGGAAAGGUUCAACUGUAACGGCUAAAAUUAAUGUCCCAGUAGGCAAACAAAAGCUGCUUGUUUAUGCUUGUAAUACAGCAGCUGCCAUCUUUAUGGAACAUUGGGGAUGGUUGAAAUAUCAACCCUCAGUGACUGUACUAGGCAUUAGGGGAGAGAGGGGAGAGAGGGGGAGAGGAGAAAAAAAUAUGCUUGCCUCAAUUCUCAUUUUUCGGUUGGGAUUAUGCUGGCAAAUGGAGCCUUUGAUUGUUGUGGUUUAGCACUAUACAUGGCUAACAGAUCGAUACCUGUCAGUUUUAUUGUAAGUUGAUAGAUCUCUUUUGUUUGAGAUGUAGGGACAGACAGAGGCAGCAGUGUAGCUUUCCAUUUUACUAGUGAUGACUGUUUUAUUGUCUAGAAAUGUUGCAUAGUUCGUCUGUGACAUUUCAAGGGCCCCAAUGUCUGGCCUUAAAAUAAACAGUUUUACUGGAGGAUGGAUGUCAUAAAUUAGCAGUUAUGUCUGAUAGUAAGAUUAUGCUGUUGGUCCCAUUUCAGUGCAGUAAUAUGAGUGUCAUGUUACCAUACUGUUUAUAAGCAUUAUUUUAUUGCAUUAAUGGUAAUUAAAACUGAGUGAGAACAUUCAUCAAAGAUAGAAGCGUAGCGUAGCUAAUUAUGUAUGCCUUUACCCCAUUACUUAUCUGAAAAGAAUGUGGUUCUAGAGGUAAAUGAAAACAAGACAAAUGUGGCUAUAAAAUAGCUAUUGGGUUGGAGAAUAUACCUGCUUUUAUUCCCCUUAAUUUGGAAUUCUGUAAGUAUUCAGUUACACAGCAUUAACAGCAUUGCACACAGUUUUACUACUUAUAGCCCUGAAACUCAGACCAGCAAAUUGAUAUUAACACCUGCACAAACAGUUGAAAAAGGGCAAAAGUCAGACAAACAUCUUAGGUUAAUCUAAUGUUGUUUGGUUAGAAAAUUUGUUAGCAUUGUUUCUUGUUCUAAUAUCUUUUCAGGCUGGUUUAUUGUUUGGAAAAUGUUCCUUAUCCGCUUCUCUUUCAUUCGGGAGUUAGUGUAUGGUGGUGGCAAUGACAAGUCAAGUACCAACACUGUUCCAGCCACUCCAUUAAGAAGAUCAUCACGUAUCAGGGAUCUGAGAUCCAGGAAAUUAAAAACUGAUGAUUAACAUCAUUGGUAUCAAAGAAGAUCUGUAUUUACAAUCUCUUUUCUGCAGUACUUAUUCUUUCCAGCUGUACAUAGUAACAUUUUCUGGUGUCAAGACAAGUAACAUGGAUGACUGUGUAUGAACUUCAGACCUCUUCAAAAAGACAUGUAAUAGGAAGAAAGAAAUCGCUUAACCAAACCUACUCCAAACAAAAAGGACCCAAGUUGUAACAUUUUAUUCCACUUUUAACGAUCUAUUUAUUGUAUUAAAAUAUUGUAGUUAGUGUCAUUAAUAUACUUAGGGAUAUUAGACAUUCAAAGGAAUGUUAAAAAAGUGAACAUAUAUAUGUUCGAUAUUUUAAUGUCAAUAUAAAGUACAAGCAAGAAUUUGCACUAUUAGCACAGAAAAGCAAAGUCUCCUGUU